AUGGUCGAUGCGAACAAUGAUAUCAUUGUUUUACAAUCUUCGGGUCUUUUCGACGAUGUCAUAAAUGGUGUUGCACCAAAUACUUCAUUCUAUGCAAACGACGUAGAGUAUAAGUAUGGGUACUAUCUUGUCGAAGGUAUUUAUCCGGAGUGGGCGACGUUGGUGAAAACUCUUUCGUGUCCAGAUGAUGAGAAAAGAUUGUAUUACAAGAAGAAACAAGAGUCGGCAAGAAAAGACGUCGAACGAGCUUUUGGUGUAUUAAAAAAGAGAUGGUCUGUCAUUGCCCAGCCAUUGAGGAUACUUGAAAAGAGUAAAAUAAGAAACGUCAUCAGGGCCGGCCCAAUGGUGUUGUACUAA